AUGAAUAUUCAUGUAGUGCCCGGGGCAGGACGCUGGCGAGGUGACAAUCUCGCUCGGACUCUGGCCCGGGCGGCGGGGCCCGGCUCGGGUUGCCCCAGACUCAUGGCUGUCGGGAGCGCUGGCGGCCGCAGGCCCCAGCCCCAGCUGGACCUACAGUUUCUGCGACGCUUCGGGAAGAUCCAGGCCAUCUUGUUUCCCAGAUGGUCCUCCCAGAAUGUGCUCAUGUUCCUGACCCUGCUGAGCAUUGCCCUGUUGGAACAGUUGGUCAUUUACCAGGUGGGAUUGAUCCCCAGCCAGUACUACGGGGUCCUGGGGAGCAAGGACUUCUCUGGGUUCAAAACCCUGACUACGAUUGCUGUGAUACUCAUCGUACUCAAUUCCACGCUGAAAAGCUUGGACCAGUUUAUCUGUAACCUGAUGUAUGUGAGCUGGAGGAAGACUCUCACCGAAUACCUUCAUGGCUACUAUUUCCAGGGCCAGGUGUAUUACACCCUGAACGUGCUGCGCGAGGACAUCGAUAAUCCAGACCAGCGAAUCAGUCAGGAUGUGGAGAGGUUCUGCAGACAGCUAAGUUCCAUGGCCAGUAAACUCAUCAUUUCUCCUUUUACACUGGGCUACUACACCUAUCAGUGCUUUCAAAGCACCGGCUGGCUGGGCCCAGUAAGUAUCUUUGGGUAUUUUGUCAUUGGGACAGUUGUUAACAAGGUGCUGAUGAGUCCCAUUGUGUCGAAACUGGUGCAUCAGGAGAAGCUGGAGGGGGAUUUCAGGUUCAAGCACAUGCAGAUUCGUGUAAAUGCAGAGCCAGCUGCUUUCUACAGAGCUGGGCAGGUAGAGCACAUGAGAACUGACUGCCGGUUGCAGAGCCUCCUGCAGACACAGAGGGAGCUGAUGGGCAAAGAACUGUGGCUCUACAUUGGGAUCAACACCUUUGACUAUCUGGGCAGCAUUCUGAGUUACGUGGUGAUUGCCAUUCCCAUCUUUAGUGGUGUCUAUGGUGACCUGGAUCCAGCACAGCUGAGCGCUCUGGUCAGCAAGAAUGCCUUUGUCUCCAUUUACCUCAUCAGUUGCUUCAGCCAGCUCAUCGAUCUCUCCGCCACCUUGUCUGACGUGGCUGGCUACACACACAGAAUUGGGGAGCUGCAGGAGGCACUGCUGUCUCUCUCCAGGAAACACCGUGAUUGUGAAUCAGAAGCCAAAACCAACUGGGACUUUGACAAUGGUCCUGGAGAGCAGACUGUGCUGGGGGAUACAGCCUUCCUCCUGGAGCGAGUCUCUCUCUCGGUUCCAUCCUCGGACAAGCUGCUCAUCAAGGACCUGGACCUACGGAUUUCCCAAGGGAACAAUCUGCUGAUCGUGGGGAACACUGGCACAGGGAAGACAUCACUCCUGAGGGUCCUUGGUGGUCUCUGGGAGAGCACACGGGGGAACAUCCACAUGCUGACCUGCUUUGGCCCCCAUGGGGUGGUGUUCCUGCCACAGAGACCUUUCUUCACAGAUGGAACCCUGCGAGAGCAGGUGAUUUAUCCUCUGAAGAAGAUUUAUCCAGUUUCAGGGUCUGCAGAUGAUGAGAGGAUCCUGCAAUUCCUGGAGCUAGCUGGGCUGUCUGAUUUGUUGGCGCGCACAGGGGGUCUGGACCAGCAGGUGGAUUGGAACUGGUAUGACAUCCUGUCCCCAGGGGAGAUGCAGAGACUCUCAUUUGCAAGGCUCUUCUACCUCCAACCCAGAUAUGCAGUGUUGGAUGAAGCCACCAGUGCUCUGACAGAGGAGGUGGAGAAUGAGCUAUACCGCACUUGCGCUCAGCUGGGGAUGACGCUAGUCAGUGUGGGACAUCGCACCAGCCUGGAAAAGUUUCACACUUGGAUUUUGAAACUCUCCGGAAGAGGAAGAUGGGAACUAACAAGAACCGAGAGAGCGAGGCGGCUCCCAGCCAGUGAGGGAUGCUGAAAAAAGUACGGAGGCUUGAGACUGGUUAAUUACCCAGGAGCUGCAGAAACACCUGAUUAGUAGAUGUGGAACUGCAGAGCCACCAGGAGCCAAUCAGUAUUCAGGGAGGAGGGUGAUGGUUUCUGGAUUUUACUGAAGGAACCAGGGCUGUGUCUUUCCUUUCUGCCUGUUGUCCAAACUGUUUGUUAUUGGGUGCUGCUGAGAGUGGAGGUUUUCAUCCCCCCCAGAGGGGGCUUCUCCCCAAACCAUUCCCCUGGCAUCUGAUCCCCUCUUCCUGCCUAUCGUGAUAGGGGGGAGCAGAAGGAGCCCCAUUUUCUUGCUUCUUUUGAGAGGGGGGAUAACUUUGGAUGGAGGGGGGGGGAAACU